GCUGUUAAAAGCAAUGAGGAUGCUCUGCAUCGUAGGGGAAGCUUUUUCUUUCAACCUUCCUUUCUGUACUUGCCAGAUCCUUCUUGCCUCCAAAAUGAAAACCUGGGCUGCCUGCAUAUGUGUAAUCAAAGGUUAAAAAGCACUCGGCUGACACCACGCAUGUGUUAAUCUGUGCUGCAGCAGUGUGCAUCAUUUCCACUUUGACCUCAGAGUUAAUCUGCAUUCAGGCAGAAGCUCCGUUGCUUUAUUCUUUCCCCCCCUCUUUUACCCUCCCCCCUCCUUUCCCUUUCUCCUGUGCUGAUGGAUUGUGUUGUCUGUGUACCGGUGUCUGUGUGAGUAUGUGCUUGUGUGUGAGUGUGUUUCUCCUUACCUUGCCUGCUUUUCUUGUGUGUGUCCUCCCUCUCUCCCACCCUUUUUCUCCCAGUUUUAUUAUUUCUCUAGAUUUGGAAGCUGCUGCCUAAGCUGACUUUUUUUUAUUGUAGCUGCAAAAGGCUUGGGCAGAUCUGAUUUCUGCCCCCUCUGAAUAUUAAUUCCUGCAGCUGGGUGCAAUGUAUCAUCCCACUGACGGGACCUGGUAGGGGGGGUGGGGUGGGAACCACCAACAAAAUAAAAAUAAAGAAGGAAAGGGACGGAUCCAUCUGCAACCAAGAGGAAAGGGAAAGAGGGGGAGAAAAAGAGAGAUGAGUCCUCCAAAUCCAACAAGCCUGGGGAGCUUGAAUCCUGCAUUUUCUCUCAAAAUGAUGGUGUGGGCACUUGUGCUUCUCUCCCUCAUCCAGUGUUCUAGCCAAAAGGGGGAUGAUGACUAUGAAGAUUAUACAUCCAACAAAACAUGGGUUUUGACUCCCAAAGUCCACGAGAGUGAUGUCACCCUGAUUUUAAAUGGCUUGCUGGAAGGAUAUGACAACAAACUGAGACCUGACAUAGGAGUGAAACCAACAGUAAUUCACACUGACAUGUAUGUAAAUAGCAUCGGUCCAGUGAAUGCUAUCAAUAUGGAAUACACAAUCGAUAUAUUUUUCGCCCAAACCUGGUAUGACAGACGUCUGAAAUUCAACAGCACGAUAAAAGUGCUCCGAUUGAACAGUAACAUGGUUGGGAAGAUCUGGAUACCAGAUACAUUUUUCCGAAACUCCAAGAAGGCUGAUGCUCAUUGGAUAACAACGCCCAAUAGGAUGCUCAGGAUCUGGAAUGAUGGCAGAGUGCUAUAUACACUAAGGUUGACAAUAGAUGCUGAGUGUCAGUUGCAGUUGCACAACUUCCCAAUGGAUGAACAUUCCUGUCCGCUGGAGUUUUCGAGCUAUGGCUACCCCAGGGAAGAAAUUAUUUACCAGUGGAAACGCAGUUCGGUGGAAGUGGGAGACACCAGAUCUUGGAGGCUCUACCAGUUUACUUUUAUUGGACUGAGAAAUUCUACUGAGGUGGUGAAGACAACUUCAGGGGACUACGUAGUCAUGUCAGUUUACUUUGACCUGAGCAGAAGAAUGGGUUAUUUUACUAUUCAGACCUACAUCCCCUGCACACUCAUUGUAGUGCUGUCCUGGGUCUCUUUCUGGAUUAACAAGGAUGCAGUUCCAGCCAGAACCUCUCUGGGUAUUACAACUGUCCUGACAAUGACCACCCUCAGUACAAUUGCUCGUAAAUCUCUUCCCAAGGUCUCUUAUGUGACAGCAAUGGAUCUUUUCGUGUCAGUUUGUUUUAUUUUUGUUUUUUCUGCACUGGUGGAGUAUGGGACCCUGCACUACUUUGUCAGCAACAGAAAGCCAAGCAAGGAUAAAGACAAAAAGAAGAAAAACCCA